AUGAGUAGACUCGGCUCCUGGUUUCGUGGAGCGGCGGGAAAGGUGAGCAGCAAUGCGAGCCCGGCGGGUUCGCAGCUCAACCUCUCCGCCAAGGAGAUAUCCGCCCGGGAGAUGGCCGAUAUCGAGGAGGCCAUGGCCGCCGCCAGCCUCAUCAUGAACGACGACAUUGACGGCGCGGAGGAGCGUCUCAGGAAGGGCGACUCGGCCUUUCACCAGCUGGGCCUCUCCAUGACGACUUUCCUCAGAUCCGUCCUCGGCUUCGAAAAAGAUGUCAUGAACGAGGCCUCAAAACGGCUGGCCGACACCGAAGCAAAGGCCUGGGCCGACUACAAAAAGGCCGAACGCGAGGGUUCCUCGGACGCCAGCAGCAGGAUUUACCCGCCUGGGACUGAGUUCCUACUGAUCCACGCCGAGUCCCAGCUCAUGGCGGCCGUAGUCGCCGUCUUGCAUGAGAGUUUAACUGAGGCCCUCAAGGGCUUCUACAAGCUGCGCAAGGCGUUCGUGACCCUUGACGGCAUCAUGGUGCAUGAGGCGAAGGCUUUGGAUAAGGGGAGCAAGGCGGACCCGCCGCCUCUGCGUUCCAGGACGAGUGACGAUAAGAUGCCCGGUAGCUUCGACGACGACGAGUUUGCGGAUCUGGAUCAGAAGGAGGACAGCGAGAUCGAGUUUGUGGACGCGAGUGAGGUUCCGAAAUCGGGAGCUCAGACGCCUGGAUCCGGCGCGGAGAAGAAGUCCAACGGAUCGCAGACUCCCGCCCAAGACCUAGCGAAUCUCAGCCUGGACUCGGGCACCUCGACGCCGCAGGACGACGCAAAGCUUGCUCCUCUGCAGGUCUCUUCUCAGAUGGCGGAUGACUCGGACUCAGACUCGACCGUCUUUUCUAACCCCGUAGACGCCUUCAUUCACAGCGGAGCCAACAUGUGCUUCGGCAUGCUGCUCUUCAUGCUGAGCAUGGUCCCACCGGCUUUCUCGCGUCUUCUAUACGUCGUCGGCUUCAGGGGCGAUCGUGAGCGCGGCGUGAGGAUGUUGUGGAAGAGCACGCAGUUCGACAACCUCAACGGCGCUGUUUCUGGACUCAUUCUUUUGGGAUACUACAACGGACUGAUGGGCCAGGCCGACAUCGUUCCUGCCGAGGCGGACUUCGACGCCGACGCGGAGCUGGUCGGAUACCCGGCCAAGAAGUGCGCCGGGCUGUUGGCCUCGAUGCGCCAACGCUACCCGGACUCGCGGCUCUGGCGAGUUGAAGAGUCGAGGGUAGUUGCACAGCAGCGUCGGCUGGCGGACGCCAUCCAGCUGCUCACGACGGGCCAGGAGAGCAAGAUGCGUCAGGUCACCGCGCUGAAUAGUUUUGAGCUGGCUCUGGCGGCCAUGUCGCACCAGGACUGGGAAUUGAUGCAAAAGACGUUCCUGCGGUGUCUCGAGCUGAACGACUGGAGUCACACGCUUUACUACUACAUGGCCGGCUGCGCUGAGCUGGAGCUUUACCGCAACGCGGUCCUCGAGAAGAAGGAGGAGGACGAGGUGAGGAGGAGGAAGAAGAAGGUGGAGGAGCUUUUCCGCAAGGCGCCUACGGUCGCCGGGAGGAAGAAGUUCAUGGCGCGCCAGCUUCCUUUUGACGUCUUCAUCACGAGAAAGAUCCAGAAGUGGGAGGACCGGGCGAAGGAGUUCAAGAUUGACCUGGCCGAUGCCCUCGGCGUCAGCCCGGCACAGGAGAUGGUCAACUUGUGGAAUGGCACGAAGAGGAUGAAUGACGAGGAGCUUCACAAGUCGAUCAAGAGUCUGGACUGGGAACGCUGCACUGCGCCAGCCGAGGUGGUCGAGAAGAUGAAGAAUACACCCGAUGAGGCUUCGAUCCGCUCGGUGUGCUUGGCGGCCAUUUACAGGACGCUUGGUCGUUACGAGGAGGGACGGGAGGUCUUGCAGACUGAGGUCCUCAGUGCUGACAGGGCGGCCUUCAAGGGACCUACCAGAGACGAGUACCCCAUGCCUAUGGCUCACUACGAGAUGGCUGCUAUUGCCUGGUCCGAGGCUUGUGACCCAAAGUCCCGGAAGGCGGCUGCUGAUGAGCCAGCGGAUGCUGAGGCUCAAGCCAAGUUGGUGAGCGAGUAUCGCAAGAAGAAGACGGAUGAGUGCCAGGAGUGGCUUGACAAGGUCGUUGCGUGGGAGGCGUUCGUCUUUGAUGCGAGACUCGGUAUGAGGGUGACUGCUGCCCUCGAGACGCUCCGUUGGUUCAAGAAGAAGAACAAUUGGGCAUAG